GUACCUUGGUGUAGCCAGUUCAUACCAGAUUCUUGCUGAAGAGGUGCGCCACAAGCCGGACAUUGCCUGCUCCAAGCUGGGGUUUCUACAACCACAUCAGAGAGAGAUCUGCAACCACGACUUAAGGCUGCUGGACGUCAUCAGCCGAGGAGCUUCCAUGGGCAUCGAAGAAUGCCAGUUCCAGUUUCAGGAUCGCCGGUGGAACUGUACCACGUACAACAACACUAGUGUCUUUGGUCCGGUGUUACAAAUUAAGAGCCGAGAGACAGCCUACAUCUACGCCAUCUCAUCAGCGGGCAUCAUGUACAGUAUCACGCGUGCAUGCGCCAAGGGAGAACUGGACAACUGUGGAUGCGAUGGCAAAGUUCCACAUCAUGACACAGGGGCCGAUUUUGAGUGGGGUGGAUGCUCUGACAACAUCCGCCACGGGGCCAGUUUUUCCAAGGAGUUUCUGGAUUCUGACGAAAUUAAGAAUAAAGACCACGGCAGCAUGAAUUUGUGGAACAAUGCAGCGGGUCGAAAGACAAUCAAAGACGACACUGACAUCCAGUGCAAGUGCCACGGCGUGUCCGGGGACUGUUCUGUGAAGAUCUGCUGGCGGAAGAUGCGCUCCUUUCGGGAGAUUGGAGCUGCCCUGAAGCAGAAAUUCGAUGGAGCUAGUUUUGUCCGCUGGGACAAAAAACGGAACCGCUUGAAGCGAUACACGGGCAAACAAAAGCGCCCAACAAAGAAAGACCUUGUUUACCUCGCUGAGUCGCCCGACUUUUGUGAAUAUAAUCCAGACUAUGGGUCGUUGGGUACUAGGGGACGGCAGUGCAACAAGUCCAGCUACGGACUCGACGGCUGUACUCUGAUGUGUUGUGGCCGGGGAUAUCAAACUUUAGUCAUAGAAGAAAGACAAGACUGCGACUGCAAGUUUCACUGGUGCUGCAGAGUUGAGUGUAAGAAAUGCACCAAAGUUAUAGAGAAGCAUUAUUGUAACUGA